UUUCUAAAGGAUAAAUUGCAUCUUUACAUUACACAUGUUUGCACUGUCAUUUGGAGUUUUAUAUUGGAUAGUUUCAUUGGGUAGUAUUACUCAGGAAUAAAUUUAGCCAAAAGAUAAAUUUUAAAAUCAAUAAUUUCUUGACCCUUUGCCUUACGCUCUCUCUCUUACGUACGUCUAAAUGGUUAAACACCAAAAAAAAAUUAAAAAAAAAUUGGCAUCUUUCUCUUGGACUCCCCUGUGAAGUUAAGGAGUCGAUCAUAAGCUAUUAAUUUUCUCUCCAUCUAUAUAUAUUUAUAUAUAUGUUGAAGCAAAUAGAAGGAGAGUGUACACAAGACAAGUCAACGUGGUUGUCAUCGAAGAAAAACGUGGUUGCAUUGCAUGCUAAUUAGACGAUGGAGUCAACAGUUGCAGUAGUGUUGCUGAUUUUAGUUUGGGUUUCAGUGUUUUGCGACGGUACUGUUAUCGUGUCGAAGGAUGGGAGUGGAGAUUAUAGAACGGUGGGUGAAGCCAUUACGGAAGCUCCGGACUUGAGUGAGAAACCUUAUACCAUUCACGUUCGGGCAGGUACUUAUCAAGAGUAUAUACUCAUUCCUUCUCAUAAGACUAAUAUUAAGCUCGUUGGAGAUGGACCUCAUCACACCAAAAUAGUUGGCUACCAAAAUGGUUCCACCAUAGAUAUCCGUGGAGAAGGGUUCAUGGCGGAAAACAUGGGAUUUGCGAACUGGGCAGGGCUGAACGCAAGCGGUGCAGUGGCGGUUCGCAACGAGGGAAAGAAGACGAUAUUCUUCCGGUGCUCCAUCGAAGGCCUCCAAGACACGCUGUGGGCGGUUUCAGGGGGUCAAUUCUACAAAGAUAGCGACAUCUACGGCACCGUCGACUUCAUCUACGGGAAUGCAGCCGCAGUCUUCCAGGACUGCACGCUCUACGCACGCUACCGACCCUACGUGACCUUCACCGCUCAGUCGCGAGAGGAUCCCAACGACAACACGGGUUUCACUUUCCAGAGAUGCAACUUCACCAUCUCCCCGCAGGACUCAGACCGAAAGUCGGAGGUGCGUGCCACUUUGGGCCGUCCCUUGAGGCCCUAUUCCAGAGUGGCCAUCUUCCACUCUUACAUCGACUCCUUCGUCGACCCUAAAGGUUGGGAGCCCAUGCCGCACCAGCCCACUGACAAAGCCACCUACAUUGAGUUUCUAAAUCUUGGGCCGGGCUCCCACACCGAUGGUAGAGUUCAGUGGCCUGGCGUUACUCGCCUUCUCCACCCAGCCCAAGCUCUUCCUUUCACUGCUUCCUAUCUCUUAGAUGCCGACUCUUGGAUUCCCUCUACAGGCGUUCCCUACGACAACACACUCUAGAUACUUUUUAUUAUCUUGUUUGUAAUCAAACAUUCUUAAAUUACCGCCUACUCUCUAUUUAUUUAUUUAUCUUUUUCGAAUUUAAUUAAAUAUUAAGCUGAAUAUAUAAAUAAAUAAAUAUUUGAGACUUGAGACUUGA